GCAUGUUCUGUAGUAGUUUCACCUGACUUCACAACUGCAUUUGACUCAUCUACGGAUUAACCAAAGAUCCAUUUCUCUUGUCCUACAGUAACAUCAUUUUGGAGGUGAAAUGACAUCUCAGAGUACGAAGGUGGUGCUAUCACUGGAUGCUGCAGCGGUCAGCUCACUCAAAGAGGGCAUCAAUUUCAAGAAAAGCCCAGGUGACAAUAAAUGUUACAUCAUAUACAAGAGCAACGAUGACUUCAGGGCAUGCAAAAACCAAUGCAGACAUCAGGGAGGGUUAUUCAUCAAAGACAUUGAAGACUUGGAUGGCAGUGUUGUUAAAUGUACUAAACACAACUGGAAGCUAAAUGUGUCAACCAUGAAAUAUGUCAACCCGCCAGACAGCUUCUUGCAGGACGAGCUCGAGGUGGAGAUGUUGGAUGAUGGGGGGCUUCAGUUGGUCGAGUUGAGCCCCAUCGACCCCUGGCUGUCUGACCCUCGGGAACCUAUGGAGUUGCAGGAAGGCGAAGUGAAAGUGACGUACAUAACCCACGCCUGCAUGGAACUGCAGCUCGGAGAGAAGCGGUUCAUGUUCGACCCGUGGCUGAAGGGUCCCGCUUUUGCCAGAGGCUGGUGGCUUCUCCAUGAGCCUCCUGCAGACGCCAUGGACAGACUCUGUUCAGCAGAUCUAAUCUACAUCAGCCAUAUGCACUCAGACCACCUCAGUUAUCCCACACUCAAAGUCUUGUCAGAGAGGAGACCAGAUAUCCCCAUUUAUGUUGGUGACACAUCCAGACCAGUCUUUUGGUAUUUGGAGCAAAGCCAAGUCAAGCUGAGCAAUAUCAACGUCGUUCCUUUCGGUGUCUGGCAAAAUAUUGAUGAAUACCUGAGAUUCAUGAUCCUGAUGGAUGGUGUACAUCCUGAAAUGGACACUUGCAUUAUUGUGGAGUAUAAAGGUCACAUGAUCCUGAACACUGUGGACUGCACCAGGCCAAAUGGUGGCAGAUUACCACAGAAUGUGGACUUGAUGAUGAGUGACUUUGCCGGAGGGGCAUCUGGAUUCCCCAUGACCUUCUAUGGAGGGAAAUACAUAGAUACCUGGAAGGCAGAGUUUAUCAAGAAUGAAAGAAAGAAGCUGCUGAACUACAAAGCACUGCUGGUGAAAUCCCUGCAGCCAAGGAUCUACUGCCCGUUCGCUGGCUACUUUGUAGAGGCUCAUCCAUCAGACAGAUACAUCAAGGACACAAACACUAAAAACAGUGCAGAGGACCUCAAUGCACUCAUUAAUAAGACUGCACCAGAAAUCAAGACAUGGACGCCCAAGCCAGGCGCUGUACUGGACCUCGGCCUCGCUCUGAGAGACCCUGCCAACAGUGAGGGCAUUACCAGUCCCCCGACUCAUGCAAAAAUCUACAAGGACAGUUGGGAGUUUGACUUGUAUGUGGAUGAACUGAACAGUGCCAUCAGCAAUGAGAUAUUUAAACACCAAAGCUGGAUCCAGUUUUAUUACAACUGGGCAGGCUUUCAAAACUACAACCUUGUAGUGCGGGUCAUUGAGACAGACGACAACUUUGAAUCCGUCAGUAAAGGCUACGACUACUUGGUGGACUUCUUGGACUUGUCGUUCCCCACCAAAAGGCCAGACAGAGAGCACUCCUACGUAGAGAUCAAAAACAGGAUUGGAGUGAUGAGAUACAUAGUGGUGCACGGUCGUCUCUGGGAUGAUUUGUACAUCGGAUUCCAGAAUCGCAUAACCCGAAACCCGGACGUCUAUCACCACAAGUUCUGGAACCACUUCCAGACAGAGUUACCAGUUCAAAGGCCAGACUGGGACCAGUUUCUGCAGCAGGUGCCUCCCAUCCAGAAUAAUGACACACUGCAGAAUGAGCGAGAGGAGUUGAGCUCCUGUGCAGUGGCAUGAAUGUGGGUAUUUAUUUAUGAAGGUGAAGUAAGAUCGUGACUAAUGAUCUGUUUUGUUGUUAGAAGUUUGCAUGGUGGUGAAACCACUAAAAGUCAACAGAAGGAAAACAUGAUGAAACAAGUCUGUCCAGUCCAGACACUAUAAAUGAUUUUCCAUUCAUAUCUAUAUGGUAUAAAAAUCAGUUUACAGACUCUUGAGACUUGCUUGAUGUAAAUAAUUGCAUUAUGUAAUCUAUCAGAACAAAUGUCAAUGUGGUAUCAAUGUACAUUAUUAUUGUGUACUAAUGUAGUUGAACCUUCUUUUUAUCACAUGGCACAAGUGCCUCAUUCUGCCAUUCCAGUUUUUCACAACUUUGUCAGCAAUUUGUUCCUAAACACCUCAUUUAAUUGCUUUAUGUUUUAAUUAAUUUUAUUUUAAUAUGAAGUAUCACACAUUAUCAGGGGGUAGGGGCACUCUGUCAGUAAUUUUGAAAGUGUAAGGGGAUAAAAGCUGCUGUUGGUAUAUGAAAUGUUUAUUUUCGUUUUACAUAAUAUGAAAAUUAACUGUAACCUAAAAUAAUGAUGUUGUUUUUUUUCUCAGGUGACAUUAACUACAUAACUAAUAAUGUUUUGGAAGGACUAAGUUAACAUUGAAAUUGUGCUAUGAUUGUUGUGUCUUACAGUAGAUCAUUCUUGGGAUCCCCAUGGACCCCAGUCACAGUCCUUGUAUGUUAAAUAUGUUGAAGGAUAAGGGAUAAAGCCAGACUAUGUAACCUUUGAAAUAAAAUAAAAAGUAAAAUGAUUUCUCCAACAAAUGAACAGUUGAAUUCAUGGC